GAAUAGAAAAGGGGGAGGGAAAAAUCUAAGUGUCGCGAUAAGAUACCAGAAUGGAGGUGUUUAUUUAAGUGGUGUCAUGUCUCUGACACGUACUGACACCAUUCUGGACGAGCUGCUUUUUCUGUUUUGGUUGGAUGCACGACGAAGCCUUAAGAGGGGUAAGAUAGGAGGAACCGAAAUAGCUGUUCUGAUAACUUUUGGACAGUUUGACCCAAGGAUUAGUACGCUUCUUUGUCUUGCUCCUGAGCUGCUAUACUGACUGCGUUUCAUUCCAAUCAUGAGUAAACCGGUGACUCUGGCCACCUGCAUUGCCAAGAUGUACGAAGGUGCCAAGCUGGACAACUCUAAAGCUGCAUCUGGAACACCAAAGAAGACCAAUUCGACUCUUCUGGGCAGUCUGGGUCACAUUGAAGAGAAGAUCAACAUCCUGGAAGGAAGGGUUGAACAGAUCACAAACACGCAGAGUUUAAUGCUUCAGAAAUUAGAGACAGUGUGUCAUGGAAUGGGAGUGUUGGAGAAUAACUUUGUGCAACUCAGACAAGACAGUGCUGUAGGACAAUCUUUUAUAAAAGCUCCUCUUAGAGAGGAAGGAGUGAGGGACUCGGUCGUGAUCGCAGAGGUCAGAUCCCUGUGUGAAGAAACGGUGGCACUGUUGAUGACCCUGAAACAAGAAGGCCAGCUGCAGAGGAAGAAAAUCGAGGGGAUUGAAGGUUCAGUGUCCACCCUGGGGAAAGUGCUCGGGUACGUGGGUGAAGCCUUUCGCAGCUCAAAGAUAGUGGAGUUCAUUCUCAAUGGUGUUGUGCCUUGGAGGAAGCAAGGCCUUCUGGAAACAACUGAGGAAGAGAAAAAUACAUCAGACGGUGAUGCCACGAAGACCAAAAGCUCUCUCUGUCACACAGGAACUCAGGCUCCAGAGGAAAUUAAUGAGCAACCUGCAGUCCCACACAAUCAAGAGCAGAAAAUCAAGUCUCUGGCCCUUGGUUCUUCUCCAGCUAUAACAGAAGAGGUUCAGGUACCUAAAUCCCAGCGCAGGCCGAAGGAGGUGACACUGAAGAGCAGAGAGCCGGGUCGAGUCCAGGCCUUCGCUCCCGAAAGCCAUAGUGACUCGGACGUGGCCGAAGUGAACGCAGAUGAGAUUGUCCCUGCCACUGCAGCUUCUCAGCUCGAGAGCAAAACACCAGAGAAGCAUAACGCUCUACAGCAGACGGAGGCUCCUUCAGCCGCCAUCCUGCCGUCCAGAGACCCUUUAAUUAAAAAAGCGGAACCGAAUCAAAAGCACGAUGGAAAAGAUAAAGGUGUCCCCGAGGCCGGGCCAUGUCACAACGCAAAGCUGGACCUGCCAAUCAAAGGAAAGCUGGAACAGAAGGAGGCAGCUGCUCUGGAAACUCCACGGCUGAGAGGAGCAGAACGUGAGCCAAAACCCACACCACUCACCCAGAAGAAUAACACUCGGUCUACAGAUGUGGUUCUGGAGAAGCCUACAACACCCCAAAACAAAUCAGAGCCUUCGAAACACGUCGAAGCGGUGAGCUUGUCACCACAGAGCGAAGAUCAAUCGAAAUCUACAAGCCUGGAGUUACAGUUUCCUAUCAUCGAUGACUGUCCUCCUCGACCGGCCCCAUUCGACCACCGCAUCGUCAGCGCCAAGCAGGUUCUCAUUGGCUCCUAUUACUCAGUGGAACCCAACAGCUUGCUAGGAGGGGGGCGUUUCGGCCAGGUUCACAAGUGUGCUGAGCUCUCUUCAGGUCUCACUCUGGCUGCCAAGUUUAUAAAGGUGAAGGGGAUGAAAGAAAGGGAGGAGGUAAAGAAUGAGAUCGGGAUGAUGAACCAGUUAAAUCACGUAAACCUCAUUCAGCUAUAUGACGCAUUCGAGUCCCGGAACAAUCUCACACUGAUAAUGGAAUAUGUGGAAGGCGGCGAGCUGUUCGAACGCAUCGUAAACGAACAGUACCAGCUGACGGAGCUGGACGCCAUCGUGUUCAUGCGUCAGAUCUGUGAAGGAGUGCAAUAUCUCCAUCAGCAGUACAUCCUGCAUCUGGACCUGAAGCCUGAAAAUAUACUUUGUGUUAGCAGCACCAGCAACCAAAUCAAGAUCAUCGAUUUUGGCCUUGCUAGAAAAUAUCGACCCAGAGAGAAACUGAAGGUAAACUUUGGGACCCCUGAGUUUUUGGCGCCUGAAGUGGUGAAUUACGACUUUGUGUCAUUCCCUACGGACAUGUGGAGCGUCGGCGUCAUCACGUACAUGCUUUUAAGUGGCUUGUCACCUUUCCUGGGUGACAACGACGCUGAGACGAUGAACAACAUCCUUCACGCCAACUGGGACUUUGACGCUGAGGCGUUUGAGAACGUGUCAGAAGAAGCGAAAGACUUCAUCUCUAAAUUACUCAUCCCUGCAAAAUGCAGUCGACUGAGUGCCUCAGGCUGUAUGAAACACAGCUGGCUGAAUAAUCUGGAGGAGAAAGCGAAGAGACACAGAGUCCGUCUCAAAUCCCAGAUGAGACUACAGCGUUACCUAGCAGCUCAUCGCCAGUGGAAGAAGCACUUCUACGCGGUGACGGCGGCCAACCGGCUCAAGAGGUUCCAGCAGAGCAGAUCCAUGAGCACGUCCUGAUUCUUACAGACGUACAGGACCGAGGAGGGGAAGACGGACAUUCCUUUCUUCUUCACACUCAGCUCGACUUCACCGAGCUCCAGCACGUGUGCGAAGACGUCGGGGUUUAUUUCGUUUAAUUUAUUUUAUUCUAGUCAGACAAAGAAACAGCAGCCGAUUAAGAACGACAUUUUGUUGUAGUGAAUAUUCCUACGCUCACUUUAUGACGUACGUAUCGUUUGAUUUUCUGUUAUAAGCCACAAACACCACAGAUUUCUCUGCCCUGAGCAUGAAGAUGCUGCUGUACUGAACACACACUCGCAUGGAAAACUCUUCCUCCCUUCUGUGAAGGUGUCUUGUUUUUUUUUCUUUGCAUUAUAUUCAAAAUUAGCCUCUUUUUUUUUUCUUGUGGUGGAUUGAAACUCAUUUACCAGCCAAGAUGUUUUUUUUUUCUCCUCGCCUCUUGUGAUACACUCGUUCUGUUAUGCAAUAAACUCAUGUAGAUGCUUCUGGCA